UGUCAAAUGCACUAACAGAAUUGAUCAGAAAAAAAAAAUGAAGUCUACCUUGUAUUUGUGUUUGCUGCUUCUUGGGCUCCAUGUCCAGGGUCUCCCUGAGCCUGGCCACAGUGAUGAACAAGAGGAACAAAAAGCAGUUCAUUCUCCAGGAGACCAUUCCCAGGUUGAAGGGGAAAACCUGCCUCAUCUCAAGAUAGCCCCAGGCAAUGCUGAAUUUGCAUUUAGAUUUUACAAGCAGGUUGCGGCAGAGGGAGGUGACAAGAACAUUUUCUUCUCUCCUCUGAGCAUCUCAGCCGCCUUUGCAAUGCUCUCCCUGGGGGCCAGAGCAGCCACAUGCCAUGAGUUGCACAAAGGCCUCACCUUCAACAUGACGGAGAUGGAGGAACGAGAGGUCCACGAAGGCUUCCGGCAUCUCCUGCAGCUGCUGAACGACCCUCACAGAGAAGUCCAGCUGAGCAUGGGCAAUGCCCUGUUCGUAGAUGACCAGCUGAAACUGCUCCAAAAGUUUCUGGAUGAUGUCACAAAUUUUUAUGAUUCUGAAGCUGUUUCUAGUAACUUCCAGGAUAUUUCAGAGGCUAAAAAGAAAAUCAAUGAUUACAUAGAAAGGAAAACUCAUGGGAAAUUUGUUGACUUCCUCAAGAGUCUUGAUUCAGACACAGUAAUGAUUCUUGUUAAUUACAUUUUCUUUAAAGGCUACUGGGAACAACCUUUCAGCAGUUUGCUCACCAAGGAUGCUGACUUCUUCAUAGAUGCCAAGAAGUCUGUAAAGGUUAAAAUGAUGCAUCGAAGCAAAGUCUAUAAUGUGUAUAAGGAUGAGAAGUUGUCUUGCUGGGUUGUAGAAAUCCCGUAUAAAGGAGACGUUUCUGCACUGUUUGUUCUGCCUGAUGAAGGAGCAAUGAAGCAGGUGGAAGAUGUUCUACUGAAAGAAACUGUGUCUAACUGGGCAAAAUCACUUAAAAGCAGAAAAAUCCAUCUGUAUAUUCCGAAAUUCUCCAUCUCCGGCUGCUAUGAUGUCAAGAACCUGUUCAAGAAGAUGGGUGUGACAGAAGUAUUUGGUGAUCAAGCUAAUCUCUCUGGAAUGACAGAAAACACUAGCCUAAAGGUUUCAAAAGCAAUGCACAAGGCAACGGUGGACGUUAACGAGAAUGGCACAGAGGCUGCUGCAGUGACUGUGGUAGAAAUCAUACCGAUGUCGCUUCCGAUUCCUCCCCCUCCUGUCAUCAAAUUCAACAGGCCCUUCAUGAUGAUAAUUUUUGACAAAACUGUCCAUAGCAUAUUAUUUCUGGGGAAAGUUAUGAACCCAGCUGCUAGUGAAGAUUAGGCCAGGGCACUUGCACUCAAUACAGAAAUUCUAGAGAGUUUAUGCAUAUCCCAGGAACUUUUUUUUGC